UCCCUCUUCUAGCUAUCCGUUCUCGACUAUGUUGCUCUCCUCGAUUCUUUCGAAAGCUUCUUCUUCUUCUUCAAAUAUCUUCUCCAGAGCCGCUUAUCUGUCUUCCUAUUUGAGAUGGAUGAGCAAUGUCCCUGAGAACACAGUUUAUGGCGGACCUAAGCCUCAAAACCCCGAUCACCGAGUCACCCUAACCCACCUGAGGCAGAAACACCGAAAGUCUGAACCAAUUACUGUUGUAACCGCUUAUGACUACCCAUCAGCCGUUCAUGUUGAUGAUGUUGGCAUCGAUAUUUGCCUUGUUGGAGACUCAGCUUCCAUGGUAGUCCAUGGCCACGAUACCACCCUUCCCAUUUCCCUUGAUGAGAUGCUCGUCCACUGCCGUGCUGUCGCUCGUGGUGCAAAACGCCCCCUUCUCGUCGGUGACCUCCCCUUUGGCACCUAUGAGUCUAGUUCUCAGCAGGCCAUUGACACAGCAGUUAGGGUUCUCAAGGAAGGGGGCAUGGAUGCAAUUAAAUUAGAAGGAGGUGUUCCUUCUAGGAUAGCAGCUGCAAAGGCCAUUGUUGAAGCAGGAAUUGCCGUCAUGGGCCAUGUUGGGCUUACACCUCAGGCAAUUAGUGUUCUUGGGGGAUUUAGGCCUCAAGGGAGAAAUGUUGCCAGUGCCGUCAAGGUUGUGGAGACAGCACUUGCUUUGCAGGAAGUCGGGUGCUUUUCAGUUGUUCUGGAAUGUGUUCCUGCACCUGUUGCCGCAGCUACAACUUCUGCACUUCGAAUUCCCACCAUUGGCAUUGGGGCUGGACCAUUCUGCAGUGGGCAGGUGCUUGUUUAUCAUGAUCUAUUGGGAAUGAUGCAACACCCUCACCAUGCAAAGGUCACCCCAAAGUUUUGUAAGCAGUAUGGGCACAUUGGUGAGGCCAUCAACAAAGCCCUUUUGCAAUACAAGGAAGAGGUGACAAACAAAUCAUUCCCCAGUGCUGUACACACACCAUACAAAAUCAACCCAGAUGAUUUUAAUGGGUUCGUGAAUGAGUUACAAAAGAUGGGGUUGGACAAUGCAGCAUCUGCAGCAGCAGCUGCAUCUGAGAUAACGGUGGAACUGUAGCAUUGGAAUUAGGGAACUAAGACAAUAUGAGCGAAUAACAGUUGCCAACAGUUUAUUUCAACAGUUGCCCACUUUGA